CCAAAUACUCAAUACUACCCUAACCCUAGCUGUAAGCACAGGGUUCAAUCCUCUCCAAUGGCGGGCGUCGGGAGGACGAAGCCGAAUAUACUAGUGACGGGGACCCCAGGGACGGGAAAGACGACGACGAGCUCCCUAGUCGCCGACGCUACGGGGCUCCGUCAUAUCGAUGUCAGCAGCCUAGUCCGCUCCAAAAAUCUCCAUGAUGGCUGGGACGAGGAGUUCGAUUGUCACAUCAUCAACGAGGACUUGGUUUGUGAUGAACUAGAAGACAUGAUGGAAGUUGGUGGAAACAUUGUAGAUUACCAUGGGUGUGAUUUCUUCCCUGAGCGUUGGUUUGACUCUGUAGUUGUUCUUCAAACUGACAAUUCUAUACUCCAUGAUCGCCUUACCAGCAGAGGUUACAUGGGAUCAAAGCUUACAAAUAACAUCGAGUGUGAAAUCUUUCAAGUACUUCUAGAAGAAGCAAAAUCAAGUUAUGCCGAAGAAAUUGUAGUGGCACUCAGAAGUGAUUCCGUCGAAGAUAUCAGCAGGAAUGUCACAACUUUAACAGAUUGGGUGAACAACUGGAGACCAGUGAGCAGGUCCUCCUGAUGCCCUUAUGUUUCGAGAGAAUAACAAAACCCGUAUUGUGGUAUGAGCUCUGGGCGGCAGGAUAUGUUUGGUUGCCAUAUCUAAAAUUAAGGACAAUAAGAGUGUUCCUAAUGUACGGGUUCCUUAUCCUUUCUGUAGAAAUUACCUUGUUGAUUUAUUAAGGUGUUGGUUCUGUUUUCUGGUUUAGGAUGUGAUUUUGUUUGCCAAAUUUUGACAUUGUUCGUCUUUAACUUUCAGUUUAAUCUUGUUUGUGACU